AUGACCUCCUCCAGGCCUGUCUUUGCAAUCAAACAGAGCACUGAGUCGACACCUGAGCAUAGUGAUGAGUCUGCAUCCACUGAAGAGCCUCCUAACCGCCCUUGGACAGCAACGAGACUUUUCCUGUAUGGCUCGGGGACUGCUGCUGCGGCUUGGCUGGCGUAUUGUGCUAUUCAUUCUGGUGGUGAUCCUCAUAAAACCGAGAUUAUGAUUGAGGAAAGCAUUAAGCAACUACCGUUGUACAGACCUCCUGAGCGACCAGAAGCAGAAAGGUUGAGUCGAAUUGAUCAACAUGAUCUCGAUGAUGCUACUAUGAAGGAUCUAGCGACCUGGUUUAUGGCUGAGGAUAAGAGGGCGGCUGAUGGUGUCAGUCGGUCGACGGUAUUGGACUUUAUAGGAGAAUCUUUGGGACUGUUGGAGCCUGAGGAAGCUGAGAUGGAAAAAGAGGACAAUUUACGGUAUCCUCGAUUCGGUAGAGAUAAAGGCAAACUGCUGCACGAAGUGACUAAGGCGUUCGUUCAUAAGGGGCAUGGUCGACUUGACGAGGAAAAGAGGCAAGCCGGGUGCUCUGUGAGUGAAGCCGCCGAAUUAUUGUCUAGCGUCAUUGCAAUUCACGGUGACGACACCGCUGAUAGGGUUCAGGAACGAUUACAUAAGAUCAUAGAGACCAAUUAUAAGGAUACUGGCUUGCCUGAGGUUUCUGUCUUUCAAAAUCCUAUGAAUAUUCCCCCACCAGUACAACCUCUACCUGAAGUAGACGAGGAAGAGGCCAAUAGAGCUGUGCUCAAGCUGGAAUUAGAGCA